AUGGGACACGGCACCCACGCAGCCACCGCGGCGGCCUGCGCUUCCCUGCUGGCCCUGGUCUUCUGCCUGGGCUCCUAUGGCAACCUCAUUGUCCUCCUGUCCUUCUUCGACCCGGCCCUCAGGAAAUUCAGGACCAACUUCGACUUCAUGAUACUUAACCUCUCCUUCUGCGAUCUCUUCAUCUGCGGGGUGGCUGCCCCCAUGUUCGCCUUCGUCCUCUUCUUCGACUCAGCCCGCGGCGUCCAGGGCGCUUUCUGCUUCACCUUCCACCUCACCAGCUCGGGCUUCAUCAUCAUGUCCCUUAAAACGGUGGCGGUCAUCGCCCUGCACCGGCUGCCCGAGACCUUCGGGGGGCCGCCAGCCCCCAGGGGGCCCGCCUUGUACAGGAGCCAGGGCUGCAGCAAGUGUCAGCAGGGCCGGACGCGGGGCUGCCCCGCGCACCUUGCCCAGCCGCCGGCCGCCGCGCCCGGCCGGCCCCACCUGGGCUCCGCCGUCAACCUGUCCGCAGCCAGGGACUCCAGGGCGGUGCUGACGUGCGUCGUCAUCGUGCUCUCCGUCUUGGUUUGCUGCUUGCCGCUGGGCAUCUCUCUGGUGCAGGACAUGCUGUCCAGCAGCAGCGGCUUUGUUCUCUACCAGUUCGAGCUGUGUGGCUUUACCCUGAUUUUUUUCAAAUCCGGAUUAAAUCCUUUUAUAUACUCCCGUAAUAGUGCCGGGCUUCGGAGGCGGGUCCUCUGGUGCCUGCAGUAUGUAGCCCUUGUCUUUUUCUGCUGCAAGCAGAAGACAAGGCUUCGGGCCAUGGGCAAAGGCAGCCUGGAAGUCAACAGGAACAAGUCGUCCCACCACGAGACCAACUCAGCAUACAUGUUGUCUCCAAAACCUCAGAAAAAGUUUGUGGACCAAGCCUGCGGUCCUAGUCACUCCAAGGAAAGCGCGCUGAGUCCCAAGGCUUCUGUCGGGCACCAGCACUACGCACAGAGCAGCUCAACGCCCAUGAACACCCGAAUCGAGCCCUACUACAGUAUCUAUAACAGCAGCCCUUCCCAGGAAGUGAGCACCCCCAACAGCUUGCAGCCCGGCAACGCCGCCUUCGGGUUUGCCAAAUGCUACCUUGGCAUGCACUGUCACACCGCCAGCGACGUGCUGCGGGACCACGACAGUGCUUCAGCAAAGCAGAUCCCAGUGCCCUCGGUGUAA